AUGCAUGCUAUGGAGAUGAAGAUGUUGAGAUGGAUGUAUGGUCAUACUAUGAGUGACAUGAUUAGAAAUGAAGAGAUGGGUGUGGCCUUCGCCCUCUGCAGUCGACAAGAUAAGGAAAGUGAGACUCAAAAAAAUGAAGUGAAGGAGGAAGUGGUGAAGGAGAUAGCGAUUUUGCUAAAGGAGAAGGUUGGUGGUAUUAGUAGCAAUGAUGGAAGAAGAGGUAAUGUUUUUUGUGGCAGUAUUGACGGAGAAGGAGAAGGAGGUCAUGAUAGAGGAGGAAGUGAUAGUGAUGGUAGUGAAGGAGGAAAAUGUGGUAGUGGAGGAAGAGAAGGUGGUAGUAGUUAUGGUGGAGGAGGUGGUAAUGAUGACUACAACUUCGGUGGUAAAAAGGGUGGGAAUGAUGGUGACAGUAGAAUGGAUAGGGAUGGUGGUGGUGGCAAUAAGGGAAGGGGGAGGGUGGGAAAAAAGAGAAUUUUUGUGUACAUAAUAAAAUUUGAGGAAUUUAAAAUUAGGUCCAUGAACACUAAUUUUGAAAUUUUAGUCUCUACUAGAUAA